AUGACGACACCGGAAGACAUCUUGGACGAAGGAAUAAUAAAGUCUCUCAACUCGUUAUCGAGAGAAUGGAGGGAAAUGGUUAUGGAGGCAUGGAUGGAUCUGUUCGAACAGGAGACAGAGGAUACAGUUCAUGUUAUAGAGGAAUCCCGAAUGAUGAUUCGCUCUACACUUCUCGAUUUCAAUUUAGAAAAUCAACAACUCAAAAAUGAGGCCCGCUUGCUUGAAGAAAAACGAAAGCAAGAUGACUUAAACUACCCACAAGUGAAAGGUCGAGAAUCAAAAAUGGAAGACGAAGUACGACCAAAUAGUCGAAGUCUAGCUCAAAUUCGUAAUGAACGAGCACAAAGUAGAGCUCAAAGCCGCAAUGACCGCAGUUGGAGCGAUUUGGCAGAGCUUCGUAGAGAAAAAUCCUACAUUCGCAGCCCAACCACGCUUAGUGUCAGCGAAGCUAGGCCGAGUAGGAGUCAACACCGUAAUGAGGAGAGUUGGGGAGAAUUGUCGGCAGGACGACCUGAUAAGAUCAGGAGCCGCAGUCCCAGGCCAGAGUCAAGACCAUUCAGUACUCUAAGUUCCGGAGAACCAAUUCUUUCUCCGGAACAGAUGAAAAAGGAGUCAGAUAUGAUCAUUGGUGACAUGCAGAACGCAGACUACAAGCUGAUGAAGGAACGAGAGCGACAGGUGGAACAGAUGCUGAGACGUCGAGAGGAAAAAAUGGAGGAUAAGAAAAACGAACUGAGAAACCAGGCCCAGGCUAUCCUCAACAAGGCUAUUGAAAUGAGCAAUGCGGCCGCGUCUGAUAAGAAGAAGGUAGAUGUACAACUUCAAGCCAGACUCGAUGAGCUGAAGAAAAAUAAAAUGAAACAAUCUGCAAGAUCCCAUCACCAGGAAGACAUGGACGACAUUGAAGAAAUUCAUAUGUGA